GCAAUAUCCUAAAAUAUCGACAGAACAAAUGAAAUACGGCAACGUCACGCUUUCAUGAAGUGUUAAAACUUGAAGUGAAUAGUCAUUCGGCGUUUUUAAAAUUGUAUAAAAUUAUUUAAAACUUUAUAUUCUUCACAAAAUGGCUGAUAACAAAAGUCCCGAUGAUCUCUCCACCGCGAUUCUCCGGCGUAAGGACAGACCUAACCGCUUGAUCGUCGAAGAAGCCGUCAGCGAUGAUAAUUCAGUGGUGGCGUUAUCACAGGCAAAAAUGGAGCAGCUCCAACUCUUCAGAGGUGACACAGUGUUGUUGAAGGGAAAGCGCCGUAAAGAGACAGUAUGUAUUGUACUCUCAGAUGACAAUUGCCCUGAUGAGAAAAUUCGCAUGAAUCGUGUUGUCAGAAACAAUUUAAGAGUUCGGCUGUCUGAUGUUGUAUCAAUAGCACCAUGCCCAUCAGUCAAGUAUGGAAAGCGAGUACACAUUUUGCCGAUUGAUGAUUCAGUUGAAGGAUUAACAGGAAAUCUGUUUGAAGUGUUCCUGAAGCCAUACUUCAUGGAAGCCUACCGACCCAUACACCGAGAUGAUACAUUUAUGGUUCGUGGUGGGAUGCGCGCCGUCGAAUUUAAAGUGGUAGAGACAGACCCCGCUCCAUACUGCAUUGUAGCACCUGACACUGUUAUACAUUGUGAGGGUGAUCCCAUCAAGCGUGAGGAAGAGGAGGAGGCACUUAACGCUGUGGGCUAUGACGACAUUGGUGGGUGCCGUAAGCAGCUUGCUCAGAUCAAAGAGAUGGUUGAGCUGCCACUGCGACACCCGUCUCUCUUCAAAGCUAUUGGUGUGAAACCGCCACGUGGUAUUCUCAUGUAUGGACCACCUGGAACUGGAAAGACUCUCAUUGCACGAGCUGUUGCUAAUGAAACAGGUGCAUUCUUCUUCCUAAUCAACGGUCCUGAAAUUAUGUCCAAGCUUGCUGGUGAAUCUGAGUCCAACCUGCGUAAGGCUUUUGAGGAGGCAGACAAGAACUCCCCAGCCAUCAUCUUCAUUGAUGAAUUGGAUGCUAUUGCCCCUAAGAGGGAGAAGACUCACGGUGAAGUCGAAAGACGUAUUGUUUCACAGCUGUUGACUCUCAUGGAUGGUAUGAAAAAGUCAUCCCACGUGAUCGUAAUGGCGGCGACCAACCGCCCCAACUCGAUUGACGCGGCAUUACGUCGCUUCGGGCGGUUCGACCGCGAAAUUGAUAUCGGAAUCCCGGACGCCACUGGCCGCCUUGAAAUCCUACGUAUACACACCAAGAACAUGAAGCUGGGAGAUGAUGUCGAUUUGGAACAGAUAGCAGCAGAAUCUCACGGGCAUGUUGGUGCUGAUUUGGCUUCGCUGUGCUCAGAGGCUGCUCUGCAACAAAUCAGAGAGAAGAUGGAUCUUAUUGACCUUGAGGACGACCAGAUUGAUGCUGAGGUGCUCAACUCUUUGGCUGUCUCCAUGGACAACUUCCGUUACGCUAUGACGAAGUCGUCGCCAUCUGCUCUCCGUGAGACCGUUGUGGAGGUGCCCAACGUAUCAUGGACCGACAUCGGAGGUCUCCAGAACGUUAAGAGGGAGCUCCAAGAGCUGGUUCAGUACCCGGUGGAACACCCUGACAAGUUCUUGAAGUUUGGUAUGCAGCCAUCUCGCGGAGUUCUGUUCUAUGGCCCGCCUGGUUGUGGUAAGACCCUGCUGGCCAAGGCAAUUGCCAACGAGUGUCAGGCUAACUUCAUCUCGGUGAAAGGCCCCGAACUACUCACCAUGUGGUUUGGUGAAUCCGAGGCCAAUGUGCGAGAUAUCUUCGACAAGGCCCGUUCUGCCUCCCCCUGCGUGCUGUUCUUCGACGAGCUGGACUCGAUCGCCAAAUCCCGAGGGGGCUCCGUGUCGGAUGCCGGAGGAGCUGCAGACAGGGUCAUCAACCAGAUUCUCACAGAGAUGGACGGCAUGGGGGCUAAGAAGAAUGUCUUCAUCAUCGGCGCUACAAACCGUCCGGACAUAAUCGAUCCGGCUAUUCUGCGUCCGGGUCGUCUGGACCAGCUGAUCUACAUUCCUCUGCCUGACGAGAAGUCCCGCGAGGCCAUUCUGCGAGCCAAUCUCCGCAAGUCGCCUAUCGCCAAGGAUGUUGAUCUUACUUACAUCGCUAAGGUUACCCAAGGAUUCAGUGGUGCGGAUCUGACAGAGAUAUGCCAACGCGCGUGCAAGCUGGCCAUCAGACAGGCCAUCGAAGCUGACAUUCAGAAGGAGAGGUCGCGCCAACAGCAGACUGCCGCUGCAGUUAUGGAUAUGGACGAAGAAGAUCCGGUGCCGGAGAUCAGCCGCGCCCACUUCGAAGAGGCCAUGAAGUUCGCACGUCGCUCGGUGUCAGACAACGACAUUCGCAAGUACGAGAUGUUCGCGCAGACGCUGCAGCAAAGCCGUGGUUUUGGCACUAACUUCAGAUUCCCAACAAGCGGCGGUGCGUCAGGCGGAACGGGCACUUCGGGUGGAGACCAGCCCACCUUCCAAGAAGAAGGCGCAGACGAUGAUCUCUAUAGCUAGAUCCAUUUAGAAAGACGGACUUACAUACAUGUGGGAGGGGAUAGUACCUUUGUUUGCCUAAGAAAUAAAGUUUGGAUAGACGAUGUUGUUUUGAUCGAAAGCGCGAUUUUCUUCAAUUCUCCUCUCAUGUCUUCGGCAUUUGUCCGGAUUUAACGCCAGUAUUUCACAUUUAAAUAAAACUCUUACGUAUUUUUUUUUAUUUAACAUAUAAUAACUCGGAGACGCCGAGUUUAAAUAAUAAAAUAAAUUCUCGUUUAUAUCCGACCAUUUGGAAGAUGCAUUUAAAUUACGGAAAUUGAUCAGUUGGUACAGAAAUGUUCGAGAAAUUCCAAUCCAAACAAUUGAGAUUAUGUGUAUGUUUGGCCGUCAGUAUCGUCGAAAAUGAAUGACAUCCUCGAAUAACCACUUGGAUCGUUGAUUUUUGAUUUUUCAGUUAUAGGAUAUAUUUAAGAAAUGUAUAAGGGUUCAAUCACGAGCGUUAGGUGCAAAUACCUGCACAAUACUUAUUGUAUUUAUAUUUGGCCGAAUGUCACAAAAACACGUAUUGUCAACGCGAAGCCGAAACAGGCAUUACACAGUAUCGCAGUGAUUUUUAAUUAAAGAUUUUAUAGAUCUAA